GUUGUCCUACGCGCCGUUGUUUUCUUUCUGCGUGAAGUUGUACAUAGGACUUUUGUUAUGUUGUAGAUAUGGACAGAUUGAUGCUAACCGAGAGUCGACAUGCUCUGAAGCAUUCCUCAAAAUCUUCCGGAAUUCCCGGAUUACCGCCAUUGCCACCGGCAGCUGAGGAGCCAUCUGAGCUAUACAAAAUGGUUCUCAGACACAGUGAGUAUCCUCCCAUUAUGAAGCAUCAGUCAUGGACAAGGGCAGCUCCAUACAAAGAGGAGAAACACCAUCGAACACCAAGUGAGUCCAUUGCGAACAACUACACACCAACUGUCAACGAUCUGAAGUUGAAAGAUUUAUCAAAGCGGAAAUCAAGAUCUCCACCAAAACAUCGUCGUUCUCUUUCAAAUGGACGAAACAAUGGCAUGAGACACAAUCCUCCUCCCUUAGCCGUUGGCUUCCAUUUGAGUCAAAUACCACAACAACAGCUCUCUAUUGCACCAAGUCGACCUCAGACUCCAGGUGAACAGUUCAAUAUUAUGACUCAACAUGAAGAGUGGAAACGUCGUUGUGAUGGCGAUCCAUCGGAUAGAGAUCUGGAGCGUUACUACUACUAUGUCACUCGUGGUGUGCCACCAGAAGCUCUCGCACCUGUUCCAGAAGAGCUACUACUGAAUGCUCAAGAACGUGUCCCAGAAAGCUUGAAAACGUUUCCGAAGUUUGAGUCUCUUUUGUCAAACGUUCUUGAAGAGAUCCGUCAUGACUAUCACUUCAGCAUUAGAAAGGCAAUUGUUGACUACAUACUAAAGGACCAGUCUGAGAUGGAGCGACUUCACAUCAAGGCUGUUCCAGCAAUCUUUGCUCCGAAGAUUAUACGAGCUCCAGUCCCCUGGCAAAGUUCCGUAGAGAAAGCAUUGAAGUAUCAAUGCGACAACUUGUUUAUCACCAAUUCACUAAUGCUGGCCCUUCAACAGCUAUGGGAAGACAAGUAUGCUUCAAUGCGAUUCUUACCCAUCUGUGCUAUACAAGAGGCAGACCUGCCCCUCACAGCCUCAGAGUUUGAGCAGCUGGUAAAGACGCAAUGCCUAGAGACGCGCACGAUCCUUGCAGAAAAGUGGGUGCCCGAGUGUGCACAACUGUUUCACACACAUAAGUCGGCAUGGGCUCAUCUUGUUCCCACGUCUGCAUUGCAGAGUACGGAUGUCGUUGAGAGUCUGUUUCGUUGUGUUGCUGUUUUGAUGGAGCGGCAGUUGCGGUCGCUUGUGCAAGACUCGCUGCAGGAUUUUGUUGACUUUUUGUUGAUGUAUGAGGCGGGUAAUGAUUUUAGUGGCGACUACCGUGAUAUGAAGUUUAUAUUGCCUCAGGUUUUGAAGGUCGACUUAAUGGUCAAAGCCACAGAGAUAACAUUCACUCCUGGCUACAACGAACUCGAGGACGUUCUUGUUGGUGCUGUAAGAGAGAUAGUAUCCAGCGCUGAGCAUAUCAAUCGUGUUGAGUGUAGCCUUUUUCCUGACAUGGAGGAUGGCAGUCUUCUUUUACGGAGUGUGCGCCAGUCUGAGAGUGUUGUGUACCAAAUGAGAGAGAAGGUUAUCAAGAUACUUGUUGCAAACAUAGUGGGACCUCGCAGAUAUGUUGCAGUGUAUGAUCAGUACAAACAGAUUUUGGAUGGGCAGACGGCUAGAGAAAUUGGAAAUUUUCUUGCCGAUUCAGAUCGCACACUUAGUGCAUUGUCAAAGAAAAUUGACCAACUCAAUAGCCAGGCUGAUGAGCUAAGCAACCUUCAUCUCACUGUGCCACUAAAUCUUGUCUGCGCGAUGUGCUCAGAUCUAAACCAACUGUUCGUUGACAAAGUAAAGGAACAAAUCAAUCGGCUUGUGCAGCACGUUGUGCACAAAAACAGAGAACUGAACAGAGAUUUGUGUAAACGGUUUGACGAAAUGGCAGACAAAGCAAUAGAAGUGCCAGAGACGACGGAAGAGUUAGUCAAACUUGUGGACUAUGUUACCGAGGCAACUGAAGUCACAGUGGUGAAGAUGCAGAAGGAAAUAGAAGAGGCAGCGACGAGACUGGACUUUCUGAUGGAUUAUGCAUUCUUAUCAGAUGAGGAUCUGAAGAUGAAUAGUAUUACGUUUACGUGGCCUGAACGAAUAGGUCCUGUGUUUGAGGUCAGCAGCAAGCGUAUUGCAACUCGGAGAGAAGAAGCUGAGAAAUCUGUCAUACAGAAGAAAGACAACUUUGUGGCUUGUCUUGAGGGCUACUCAGAUCAGAUCGAUAGCUUCAAGUCUCGUGACCUGGCAACACUUCGUAAUCCAGAAGAAGUAAAUACUUGUGUUGCACUGCUUAACUCUCUUACAGAAAAGCUAGAAGAUGCAAGACAAACAGCUCAAGAGAUCAACACAGAAGAAGAGUUGCUUGAAUGGGAAGCCACUCCAUUCCCUCAAUUACAACAGAUGUCCAUCCUUAUGGAUCCAUACAACAAGCUGUGGCGCACAGUCUUCGACUUCACAACAAAAAACGAGACAUGGAUGAAUGGCUCGUUCCUUGACUUAGAUGCCGAAGAAAUCGAGGAAGACAUUGGAAACAUGUGGCGACUCAUGUACAAGUUGACUAAAACGUUCUCAGACCUUCCGGGUCCGAAACGAAUAGCGGAAUCAAUCAAGAUGAAACUGGACAAAUUUAAGGAACAUUUGCCGGUGAUGCAAGUGCUUUGUAAUAAAGGUAUUAGAGAUCGACAUUGGGAACAGAUGAGUGAAGCAGUGGGUCGUGACAUGAAACCAAAUGAGACGACUACGCUGAGUGACAUGCUGGAGCUGAAUUUGCAGAAACACAUGGAAAAGUUGGAGGAGAUCAGUUCUGCCGCCAGUAAAGAGUAUUCUCUAGAAAAGGUUCUGGAUAAGAUGAAAUCUGAGUGGCAAGACCAACAGUUCAGUCUAAUUCCAUACCGCGAGACUGGCACACACGUCACUUCGUCUGUGGAUGAAAUCCAAACACUUCUAGACGAUCACAUUGUCAAGACACAAACAAUGCGAGGAUCUCCAUUCAUCAAACCAUUUGAGAGUGAAAUUAAGACGUGGGAAGAGACUUUGGUUUUGCUGCAGGAUAUCAUAGAUGCAUUGCUCAAGUGUCAACUAACGUGGCUUUACCUCGAGCCAAUCUUCUCUUCAGAAGACAUCAUGGCGCAGAUGCCCGAGGAGGGCCGCAAGUUUGGAAUCGUCGAUCGUUACUAUCGUGACAUCAUGGAUGAGGCAGUGAAGGAUAGUCAUGCCCUCGUCGUAGCAUUGAUACCAAAUAUGCUCGAUCGACUCAACGAAUCAAACCAACUACUAGAGGAGAUUCAGAAAGGACUCAACGAUUACCUCGAGAAGAAACGGUUGUACUUCGCUCGCUUCUUUUUCCUCUCAAAUGAUGAGCUUCUGGAGAUCCUGUCUGAGACAAAGGAUCCACUCAGAGUACAACAACACCUAAAGAAAUGCUUCGAAGGCAUUGCAAAGCUCGAGUUUACUGAAACUAAAGAAAUCACCGGCAUGGUGUCGAGCGAGAACGAGAUUGUUCCGUUUGUUAAAAACAUUGUUCCGGCGAAUGCGAAGGGAAUGGUUGAGAAGUGGCUGCUGGAGGUGGAGAACAUGAUGAUCCAGAGCGUUCGUGAUGUCGUGGAAAAGGCGAUGGUUGCUUAUGCUCAAGUUCCUCGUGGCCGUUGGGUAUUAGACUGGCCGGGGCAGGUGGUCUUGUGCGUCAGCUCAGCUUACUGGACGACGGACGUUUCAAAGGCAAUACAAGAGAAAGGUGGAUUAGCGGCAUAUCUUCAGAAGAGUAAUGAGCAGAUUGAUGAAAUUGUCAAGUUGGUGAGAGGAAAGCUUUCGAAAGGAAAUCGUAUAACACUGGGAGCACUUACUGUACUCGACGUUCAUGCACGAGAUGUGGUUGACAAACUAACAAAAGACAAUGUCUCAGUGCCAACUGCAUUUGACUGGAUCAGCCAGCUUCGUUACUACUGGGAGGAUGACAACAUGAUAGUGCGUAUGAUCACCACAGACAUCAACUAUGGCUAUGAGUAUUUGGGCAACACCGGCCGUCUCGUCAUCACACCACUCACUGAUCGAUGCUACAGGACGUUGAUGGGUGCAUUGAAGUUGCAUCUUGGUGGAGCUCCGGAAGGUCCUGCUGGUACCGGUAAGACGGAGACAGUGAAAGACUUGGCUAAGGCUGUAGCCAAACAGUGUGUUGUUUUCAACUGCUCAGAUGGUCUGGACUACAAAGCCAUGGGCAAGUUUUUCAAAGGCCUUGCUCAGGCUGGUGCUUGGUCUUGCUUCGAUGAGUUCAAUCGCAUUGAGCUGGAGGUGCUCUCUGUGAUAGCACAGCAAAUACAGACAAUUCAACAGGCUGUCAAUAUGGGAUUAAAGAAAUUCUUGUUUGAAGGAACCGAAUUGACGCUCGAUCCAACGUGUACUGCCUACAUUACGAUGAAUCCGGGUUAUGCUGGAAGACAAGAGUUGCCUGACAAUUUGAAGGUACUGUUCCGCACUGUUGCCAUGAUGGUUCCAGACUACGGUAUGAUCGGUGAGAUCAUGCUCUAUUCAAUGGGCUUCGUAGACGCUAGAAGUUUAUCGAACAAGAUUGUCGCCACGUAUCGUCUUUGUUCAGAGCAGCUCUCAUCACAGCAUCACUACGACUACGGCAUGCGUGCAGUCAAGUCAGUCCUAACAGCAGCCGGCAAUCUCAAACUGAAAUACCCCGAACAAGACGAGAGUAUCUUGCUAUUGAGGGCCAUAAUGGACGUCAAUCUGGCAAAAUUUCUUGCACAAGACGUUCCUCUAUUUGAAGGAAUCAUAUCAGACUUGUUUCCUGGAAUCGUUCUGCCAAAGCCGGACUAUGAAGUCAUUACCGACGCAAUAUUUUCUCGUAUAUCACGUAUGGAGUUGCAGCCUGUUCCGUGGUUUAUCCAGAAGAUUCUCCAGAUUUAUGAGAUGAUGUUGGUGCGUCAUGGGUUUAUGGUUGUUGGCGAUCCGCUGGCGGGAAAGACGUGCGCGUGGAAGGUGCUGGCAGCUGUUCUGUCUGAUUUGGAGUUGACGAAGCAGAUGGAGGAGUUUAAGGUUGUGUAUACUGUGAUUAAUCCGAAGUCUAUCACUAUGGGCCAGUUGUAUGGAUCAUUUGAUGCUGUGUCUCACGAGUGGUCUGAUGGAGUCUUGGCUGUUACGUUUCGUGAUUACGCAAAAGACGAGAAGACAGACAGAAAAUGGAUUCUGUUUGAUGGUCCUGUGGACGCUGUUUGGAUUGAGAACAUGAACACAGUCCUUGAUGAUAACAAGAAGCUUUGUUUGAUGAGUGGUGAGAUUAUCCAGAUGAGCAACAAGAUGAAUCUUAUGUUUGAGCCGGCUGAUCUUGAGCAAGCCUCACCAGCAACUGUUAGUCGUUGUGGAAUGAUUUAUAUGGAGCCACAUCAGCUCGGCUGGAAGCCCCUCAUGGAAUCAUGGCUGCAAACGUUGCCAACACAACUUAAUGAAGAACACCACACAAUGAUCAAAGAUCUCUUUGACUGGCUCAUUCAACCGUGUCUUGAUUUUAUUAGGCAUCAAUGCAAACUGUUUGUGGAGACGUCACCUCUUCAUCUUGUCAACCAGAUGAUGAAUCUGUACUCGAGUUUGAUGGGUGAGAUAAGGACUUCUGGAAAUGAAGGUUAUGACCAAGUUUCUCUUGGCCAGAUAAACACCUGGUUACAAUCUCUAUUUCUCUUUUCAAUCAUUUGGUCACUCGGAUCAAUGAUAACCGGCGACGGCCGCCAAAAAUUUGACUCAUUCUUUCGAACUCUCAUCAGCGGAACAGACAAAGUUCACCCAAAACCCAAACCAGUCAAACUAAACAAGAGUCAUGUGUUUCCGGAGAAAGGCUCCGUGUAUGACUUUUAUUACCAGAAAACAAGCAGUACGUGGAUGGAAUGGAUGAACCUGAUUGAAAAGGCUAAUUUGACGAUACCACCUACUGCAAAGGCAAGUGAGCUCAUCAUUCCCACGGUAGACACUGCACGACAGACGUUCUUUCUCAACACGUUUCUUCCUAUGGAAGUUCCGCUCUUGUUUGUUGGCUUCACGGGGACAGGAAAGUCGGCGAUUACAAAUAGUUAUCUUGUGGAGCUACCGAAGGACAGGUAUACGCCAAAUUGUAUUAAUUUUUCUGCUCGAACUACGGCUAGUCAGACUCAAGAUAUUGUCAUGUCGAAACUAGACAGGCGACGCAAAGGAGUCUAUGGACCUCCCAUGAACAAGAAAUGUAUUGUAUUUGUUGACGACUUGAACAUGCCAGCCAAAGAGAUAUACGGAGCUCAACCACCAAUAGAGCUUCUCAGACAGUGGCUGGAUCAUGGACAUUGGUAUGACAAGAAAGACACCUCGAAGCUCGAACUUAUUGAUGUGCUGUUUGUGUCUGCUAUGGGUCCACCUGGAGGUGGAAGGAAUGAUAUUACUGGGAGGUUGACUCGGCAUUUGAAUGUUAUUGGUAUUGAGUCGUUUGAUGAUUUGACGAUGAACAAGAUCUUUACCUCUAUUACGGAUUGGCAUUUCUCGAAGGGAUUUGAUUCGUCGUUUAGCAGAUUGGGCAAGAUUCUCGUUCAAGCUACAAUGUCACUCUACAAGUCAGCGGUCGCAAAUUUCCUUCCAACACCAUCCAAGUCUCACUACUUGUUUAACCUCCGUGACUUUGCUCGCAUCAUACGCGGCGUGCUGCUUGUCCCUGCAUCAGCCAUGACAGAGAACGACAAGCUAAUACGGCUGUGGGUACACGAAGUAUACCGAGUGUUCUACGAUCGUCUGAUUGACGAUCUUGACAGGCGAGCUUUCUUUGAAAUGAUCAAGGAGACUCUCCAGCAGAUGUUUAAAAUGAACAUUGAUCGAUUGUUCCAACAUUUGCGGUCUGAUGGAGCUAUUUGUGAUGAUGACAUGAGGAGCUUGUUCUUUGGCAACUACAUCAAUCCUACUGUUGAUCAAAAAGUAUAUGACGAAGUAACUGACCUUACCAAGUUGACAGAAGUGAUGGAAUACUAUCUGGAUGAGUACAAUCAAGUGAGCAAGACUCCCAUGUCUCUUGUCAUGUUUCGCUUUGCCAUCGAGCACAUAUCGAGAAUUAGCCGUGUGCUACAGCAAGACAAUGGCCACCUGCUUCUUGUCGGCAUGGGCGGCAGUGGACGACAGAGCGCAACAAAACUGGCUGCAUUUAUGAACGACUUUGACUUGUUUCAGAUUGAGAUCACAAAAAACUACACAAGCACAGAAUGGAGAGACGACAUUAAGAAGAUGCUGUUGAAGGCUGGUGUGGCAAAGCCAACUGUUUUUCUCUUCAGUGACAAUCAGAUUAAAGAGGAGUCGUUUGUCGAGGACAUCAACAUGAUCCUGAACACGGGUGACGUACCCAACUUGUUUCCACCCGACGAGAAGGCAGAGAUCAUCGAGAAGAUGCAAGUAGCAGCUAGAAACGAGGGAAGAAAGAUUGAGCCGACGCCGAUGGCCAUGUAUAAUUUCUUUAUUGAACGUGUUAAGACUAAUCUACAUGUUGUGUUGGCUAUGAGCCCCAUUGGAGAUGCGUUUCGUAAUCGUCUCAGGAUGUUUCCGUCUCUUAUCAACUGCUGCACGAUCGACUGGUUUCAGGCUUGGCCUGUUGAUGCUCUUGAAAUGGUUGCAAACAAGUUUCUAGAAGAGGUUGAGCUGGAGGACAAUGUGCGUGCACAAACUGUUUUCAUGUGCAAACAUUUUCAUCAAGCUGUUCGUACACUAUCUGGAAAGUACUACGAUAUACUACGUCGUCAUAACUACGUCACACCGACGUCCUAUCUCGAACUGAUUCUGACAUUUAAAUCGUUGCUGCGUGAGAAACGAAGUGAAAUUAUGGCACUAAAGAAUCGUUACGUGACUGGUCUGGAGAAACUUGCUUUCGCUGCGUCUCAAGUGUCAGUGAUGCAAGAGGAGUUGAUCGCGUUGCAACCCGAGCUGAAGAAGAGUCAAGAAGAAUCAGAGAAAUUGAUGGUUGUCAUCGAAAGAGACACAAUAGAAGUGGAAGCAAAAAAACAGGUUGUUGCUGCCGACGAGGCUGUUGCUAACAAAGCAGCAGCAGCUGCACAGGCCAUCAAGGACGACUGUGAGAGCGAUCUUGCAGAGGCAAUUCCUGCACUGAAUGCUGCCAUUCAUGCGUUAAACACACUGAAACCUCAAGACAUCACGCUAGUCAAAUCCAUGAAGAAUCCUCCGUAUCCUGUCAAGCUAGUGAUGGAAGCUGUUUGCAUCAUGAAGAACAUCAAGCCGGAGAGGAAGCCUGAUCCGUCCGGUAGUGGGAAGAUGAUCGAAGAUUUCUGGGGUCCAUCGCAGAGACUACUCGGCGACAUGAAGUUCUUGGACUCAUUGAAGGCGUACGACAAAGACAACAUACAGCCAACGAUUAUGAAAAAGAUCCGAGAAAAGUAUAUGUCAAAUUCCGAGUUUGAUCCAGCUCUCAUUGCCAAAGCUUCAGCAGCUUGUGAAGGUCUGUGUAGGUGGGUAAGGGCCAUGGAUGUGUAUGACCGAGUUGCUAAGGUGGUUGCACCCAAGAAACAAAAACUAAAAGAGGCAGAGUCUGAAUUGGCAGUUCAGAUGUCGAAAUUGAAUGAAAAGCGAGCGCAGCUGAAAGAGGUUGCAGACAAACUACAGGCACUCAAUGACGAAUUCGAUGUAACAACAGCCAAGAAGGCUCAACUUGAAGCACAAAUUGAUCUUUGCUCAAAGAAACUCGUCCGUGCCGAAAAACUGAUUGGCGGUCUGGGAGGUGAGAAAGACAGGUGGGGUGAGGCAGCCAAAGCAUUAGGAGCAAGGUAUGAGAAUGCUACAGGUGACGUGCUCCUGUCAUCGGGUGUUGUAGCAUAUUUGGGCGCCUUUACUGUCGAAUUCAGAAAUGAGUGUAUUGCCAACUGGCAGCAGUUGUGUCAAAAGAGAAAGAUUCCGUGUGCACCCGCUUUCUCGUUGAAUGCGACGCUUGGUGAUCCGGUUAAGAUACGAGCGUGGCAGUUGGCUGGUCUUCCGGUCGACUCGUUUUCAAUUGACAAUGGUAUUAUUGUUAGCAACAGUCGACGAUGGCCGCUCAUGAUUGAUCCUCAAGGCCAAGCAAACAAAUGGGUGAAGAACAUGGAACGAGAGAACAAAUUGUCAGUUAUCAAACUGUCUGAUCCAAACUACUCAAGAACUCUUGAAAACAGCAUUCAAUUUGGUACUCCUGUCUUGCUUGAAAAUGUUGCAGAAGAACUUGACCCUCUUCUGGAGCCGCUACUUCUCAAGCAGACAUUCAAGCAAAGUGGUGUUGAGUACAUUCGACUCGGUGAAAGUGUAAUUGAGUUCUCUCGUGACUUUCGUUUUUAUAUUACAACACGGCUGAGAAAUCCUCACUACCUCCCAGAAGUGUCUGUCAAGGUCACUUUACUCAAUUUCAUGAUCACUCCAUUGGGAUUGGAAGAUCAACUACUUGGGAUAGUUGCAGCCAAAGAGAAGCCGGAACUGGAAGAGAAAAAGAACGAGUUGAUUGUAGAAAGUGCUAGGAACAAGAAGAAGCUGAAAGAAAUAGAAGACAAGAUUCUGGAGGUGUUGUCAACGUCUCAGGGCAAUAUUCUAGAAGACGAGAGUGCAAUUCAGGUUCUCUCAUCAUCAAAGACUUUGUCGGAAGAAAUAUCAGCCAAACAGGAAAUAGCUACAGCGACAGAGCUGGAGAUCGAUGAGACGAGAAAUGGUUACAAGCCAGUUGCUGUACAUUCGUCGAUACUCUUCUUCUGCAUCUCAGACUUGGCCAGUAUUGAAUCAAUGUAUCAAUAUUCUCUUUCUUGGUUCAUCAACCUUUAUCUUCAGUCAAUUGCCAACAGUGGAAAGUCAUCAGAUCUCGACAACCGAAUACAAAACCUAAACGACCACUUCACUCACAGCAUCUACUGCAACGUCUGUCGCUCUCUUUUCGAAACCGAAAAGCUACUCUUCUCGUUGUCUCUCACAAUCGGCAUCUUAAAAGGAAGGAAUUUAGUUCAGGAUGAGAUAUGGCGUUUUAUAUUGACUGGUGGUGUAGCUCUUGAAAACCCACAUCCCAAUCCUUCCCCUGAGUGGCUGACAGACAAAGCGUGGGGAGAAAUUGUGCGUGCAUCAGACCUGCCAGGCUUUAAAGGACUCAUGACGGAGUUUGGUCCAGAAUGGAAAAAUGUGUAUGAUUCAGCUGAACCUCAUAAGGUUAAGUAUCCUGGACGUUGGGACAUGCUCAGCGGUCUCAAUAGAAUGCUAGUCCUCCGAUGUCUCCGACCAGAUAAAAUCGUUCCGAGCAUUCAAGAGUUUAUUGUCGAAAACAUGGGUCAGACGUACAUUGAACCACCGACGUUCGAUCUCGCUGGCAGCUACGCAGACUCUCACUGCUGUGCUCCCCUCAUCUUCAUCCUCUCUCCUGGUGCCGACCCGAUGGCCGGUCUUCUCAAGUUUGCAGAAGAUCGAGGCUUCGGUGGAACACGAUGUGAGAGAAUUUCACUCGGACAGGGUCAAGGACCGAUUGCUGCUCGGAUGAUUGACAAAGCGUUGAAGGAGGGCACGUGGGUUGUGUUGCAGAACUGUCACUUGGCGACGAGUUGGAUGCCCAAACUGGAGAAGAUCUGUGAGGAGGUUAUCAUACCGGAUAACACACAUAAGGACUUUAGGCUGUGGUUGACGAGUUACCCGUCGGACAAGUUUCCGGCUUCCAUACUGCAGAACGGUGUGAAGAUGACAAAUGAGCCUCCAAAGGGUGUCCGAGCAAACCUAUUGAGAUCCUACUUGAAUGAUCCAAUAUCAGACUCCGAGUUUUUUGGCGGGUGCAACAAGCCUGCUACAUGGGAGAAAAUGCUUUUUGGUCUUUGCUUCUUUCAUGCUAUUGUCCAAGAGAGACGCACGUUUGGUGCUCUUGGUUGGAACAUUCCCUACGAAUUCAACGAAUCGGAUCUACGAAUCAGUGUCAAGCAACUGCAGAUGUUUUUGAACGACUACAAUGAGCUUCCACUCGAUGCUCUUACCUAUCUGACCGGCCAGUGUAACUACGGCGGCAGAGUUACAGACGACUGGGAUCGCCGACUUCUUGUCAGCUUGCUCUCAAUCUUCUACUGCACCGAAAUCAUCGAAAGCGACGACUACAAGUUUUCAACCAGUGGGUCGUAUUUUGCUCCAUCGAAAGGUCAAUAUCAGGACUACAUCGAGUAUAUCAGAGGAUUGCCCAUCAUCUCUCACCCUGAAGUGUUUGGUUUGCAUGAAAAUGCUGACAUCACGAAGGACAACCAGGAGACACAACAAUUGUUUGAUAACAUUCUGUUGACUUUGCCGAGGCAGACUGGUGGUGGUGGGAAGUCGUCGCAAGAAGUGAUUGAAGAUUUAGCGACCGACAUCUUAUCAAAACUCCCACCUGAUUAUGACAUAGAAAUGGUAAUUGAGAAGUAUCCCGUCGUCUACAAUGAGUCAAUGAAUACAGUGUUGAGACAAGAAUUAAUUCGAUUUAAUAGACUGACGUCAGUUGUUCGAUUGAGUUUGAUUAACAUUCGAAAAGCAAUGAAGGGCCAAGUUGUGAUGUCAACCGAACUGGAGGACGUCUUUACCAGCAUGCUCGUUGGUAAAGUACCCGGAAUAUGGGCAGCAAAAUCAUACCCGUCCCUUAAACCUCUAGGCAGCUACGUCAGCGACCUCUUGAGCAGGCUCAAGUUUUUUCAAGACUGGAUUGAUACGGGACCCCCAAAUGUGUUUUGGGUUUCUGGAUUUUAUUUCACACAGUCGUUUCUUACAGGUGCUUCACAGAAUUAUGCACGAAAGUAUACGAUUCCGAUUGAUCACCUGGGCUUUGAGUUUGAAGUAAUGCCAGAUAAGGAGAUUAUGGAGAAACCGGUUGAUGGUGUUUACGUUCAGGGCUUGUUUAUUGACGGAGCACGAUUUGAUCGUGAGAGAAUGGUGAUUGCCGAGUCACUGCCAAAGAUUCUCUUCGAUCCAUUGCCUGUGAUCUGGUUGAAACCCGGAGAGAGAAGUAAAUUUCAACCACAAGCCACCUACAAAUGUCCAGUAUACAAAACCAGCGCCAGGCGUGGCACAUUGUCAACAACAGGACACUCAACCAACUACGUUUUACAGAUGGAGUUGCCAUCAGACCAGCCCGAGAGUCACUGGGUUAACCACGGCGUUGCUGCCUUGUGUCAGCUUGAUGACUAGACUAUUUAUCCGCCUGUAUUUAUUCUCUUUGAAUAGAACUGUAUCUAUGAACUGUAUUGUAUUUUUAGUGCGAUGUCAAUGAAGUGAAGUCAGUGCA